AUGCCAGAAACAGAGAAAGAUCAAAAGCCUGUACAGCAAGUACAAAUCAAGCAAGAAACAGGAAAAGUAAAAAGCCAGCAGAGAACCGAACCUGCAAAAAUGUUCAAGACGACGCCGCCUGCUCCCCAAAAACAAGUCAAAUUACGAGAAAGAAAACAAGAAGCACCUGAAAAGAAGCCAAAAAGUCAACCGAAGCCACCAUCCAAGGAAAACGUGCAAGACAAAUCAGAUUUCGCUAGACCGAGCCAGCAGCAAGUAGUGGAGGCGACUAAUCCAAACUACGAGACGAUGCGUGGUUUGAGUAACGCCAAAUUGUUCGACAAUGCACAUAAGCAAGGCGGUAGCGCCGAUUCAUGUCAUAACCAGAUGAAAGAGGCGCCUGAUAACGAAUACGAAUACACAACUACUUUGGACAGUAUGGCGAUCACUGCACAGGACGCCGUGGCUGGAAUACCAAGAAAGGCAGCUGUGUCAAGAUGA